GGGAGAGAGCUUGGGCGCGAUAGCUCCCAGGAGCGGCCAAAGGGCGCGCGGGGAGAGGCCUGCGUCGGGGUACUUUCAAACUGAGGCGCGCACACACUCACACCCACCCACCCAGACACACGCGCGCGCGCGCGCGCGCGCGCGCGCGUACACACACACACACACACACACACACACACACACACACACACGCCCAUUUAUAUAGGCGGUGGCGGCGGCGGCGGCCGGGGCGGUGGUGGCGAGCGCCAGAAUGAUGGAGCUGAGCCAGCUGACCCGGGUUGGAAGCAAGUGAGCAGAGCCCGGGCGCACCCCAGGAUUUCUAGGACCCACGCUUGUCAUCCUCCCCUGGAGCUUGCACCCGGAGGAGGAGAACCGGGUACCCCGAUUUGCUAGCGGGAGGGCGGGGAGAGGAGGACGCCAGGUGAACUGAGGAGACAGACCCCCGCGUACCCGGACUGCCCCAGCGCGCCUACUCCUGCCCCUGUGCGCCCAGGUGGGCGCGCCCGGCCCCCAGCUUGCAAGGGGGCGCUUUGGGGAGACCAGAAAGUCUCAGCCCGGCGGCGCGGGAUGCCUUUCGCCAAGCGGAUCGUGGAGCCGCAGUGGCUGUGCCGGCAGCGGCGCCCGCCGCCCGGCCCGGCGGAGGAGGCGAGCGGAGGCAGCGCAGAGCCGCCGCCGCCCCUGCAGCCGCCCAGCCAGAGGGACCAGGCCGUGGAGCCGGGGCCGGAGGAUCCUCCCCGGGAGCCCCCUGCACCUUCCGGGCCGCCACCACCCCCGCUGCCCGCUCCGACCGACCAGGCGCAGCCGCCCCUCGGAGAGGUAACCGCGGCGGGCGAGGAGAGCGCCGCGGGGCCCCCGGAGGCAGCGGCCGGGGCGGGCGAGGCGCCCUCGGCGGCUGCGGCGGCCGUGCUGCUCAUGCUGGACCUGUGCGCGGUCAACAACGCCGCGCUGGCCCGGGUCCUCCGGCAGCUCUCGGACGUGGCCCGGCACGCGUGCAGCCUGUUCCAGGAGCUCGAGAGCGACAUCCAGCUGACCCACCGCCGCGUCUGGGCCCUGCAGGGCAAGCUCGGCGGCGUGCAGCGCGUCCUCGGCACGCUGGACCCCAAGCAGGAGACCGUGCCCGUCUCCAACCUGGACAUUGAGAGUAAGCUGAGCGUGUACUACCGUGCACCAUGGCACCAGCAGAGAAACAUCUUCCUCCCAGCCACGAGGCCACCCUGCGUGGAGGAGCUGCACCGCCAUGCCCGGCAGAGCCUGCAAGCCCUGCGCAGAGAACAUCGGAGCCGGAAUGAUCGCCGGGAGCAGAGAGCUGCUGUGCCCCUUUCUGUAGCUGUUCCUCCACUGCCAGCCUACCCCCCAGCUCACAGCCAGAGGAGGCGUGAAGUUAAGGAUCGUCACUUCUUAACGUUUAACAGCACCCGUUCGCCCUCCCCCACUGAGUGUUGCCACAUGACCCCAUGGAGUAGAAAGUCCCAUCCCCCGGAGGAUGAAGAUACAGAUGCCAUGUUAGGACAGAGGCCGAAAAACCCAGUACACAAUAUCCCCUCCACACUGGACAAGCAGACCAACUGGAGCAAAGCACUACCUCUCCCGACGCCAGAGGAGAAGAUGAAACAAGAUGCUCAAGUGAUUUCUUCUUGCAUCAUUCCCAUCAAUGUCACUGGAGUUGGUUUUGACAGAGAAGCUAGUAUACGCUGCUCUCUUGUUCAUUCACAAUCUGUACUACAGCGGAGACGAAAACUGAGGAGGAGGAAAACCAUCUCUGGUAUCCCCAGAAGAGUCCAACAAGAAAUAGAUUCGGAUGAAUCGCCCGUGGCCAGAGAAAGGAAUGUGAUUGUGCACACAAAUCCAGAUCCUUCCAACGCUGUCAAUAGGAGGUCUGGAACCAGGGACUCCGAGUGCCAAACUGAGGACAUUUUGAUUGCUGCUCCAUCCAGAAGGAGAAUCAGAGCUCAAAGGGGUCAAAGUAUUGCAGCUUCUCUUUCACAUUCAGCUGGCAACAUUUCUGCCUUGGCAGACAAAGGUGAUGCCAUGUUUACAACUGCAGUGAGUAGCCGCACAAGAUCUCGGAGCCUUCCCCGAGAGGGCAAUAGAGGCGGAGAUGGUGAUCCCAAAGUUGGUCUUAAAUCCUCAGCAUAUGAAGAGGGAGAGCCUUUCGUGGGUGACCAAGAAAGAAUCCCUAAUGAUUGCAGUGAGGCCCCCAGUAGCCCAAGUGCCCAGGAACACCAGUCUGCUUUGGAUCUGGCCUGUUCUCAACAUCUUCACAGCCCCCAGCACAAGUUGAGUGAGAGAGGGAGGUCACGUCUGUCCCGAAUGGCUGCUGACUCUGGAAGUUGUGACAUCUCUUCCAACUCAGACACCUUUGGGAGCCCCAUCCACUGCAUUUCCACGGCUGGUGUCCUCCUCAGCAGCCACAUGGACCAGAAAGACGACCACCAGUCAUCCAGUGGCAACUGGAGUGGGAGCAGCUCUACAUGCCCCUCACAGACCUCAGAGACAAUCCCUCCUGCAGCUUCUCCUCCUCUCACUGGCUCUUCACACUGUGAUUCAGAGUUGUCACUAAACACAGCUCCUCAUGCUAAUGAGGAUGCCAGUGUCUUCGUGACAGAGCAGUACAAUGACCACUUGGAUAAAGUGAGAGGCCAUCGGGCAAACUCCUUUACCUCCACUGUGGCAGAUCUCCUGGAUGACCCCAAUAAUAGCAACACAAGUGACAGUGAGUGGAAUUACCUGCACCACCAUCAUGAUGCCUCCUGCCACCAUGAUUUUAGUCCUGAACGCCCCAAGGCAGACAGCUUGGGCUGUCCAAGCUUCACAAGCAUGGCCACGUAUGACAGCUUUCUGGAAAAGUCUCCAUCAGACAAAGCUGACACUAGCUCUCACUUUUCAGUGGACACAGAAGGAUACUACACCUCCAUGCACUUUGACUGUGGUCUGAAAGGUAGUAAGAAUUAUGUCUGCCACUAUGCAUCCCUGAGCCCAGAGAAUGGCCAGGCCAUUGGAGGUCCUCCUACUCUUCCAGACUGUGCUUGGCAGGACUACUUAGAUCACAGGAGGCAGGGGAGACCAAGCAUCUCUUUCAGGAAACCAAAGGCAAAGCCAACCCCACCUAAAAGGAGCUCAUCAUUGAGGAAAUCUGAUGGAAAUGCAGACAUUUCUGAGAAGAAAGAACCAAAGAUUAGCAGUGGCCAGGUCCUGCCUCACAGUUCCAGGGAUAUGAAGUUGCCUCUUGAUUUCUCCAACACGCCUUCUCAAAUGGAAAAUACCAAUAUUCCCACCAAGCAGGAACCUUCCUGGAUUAACCAGGAUGAACAUGAUAGUAAAGAACCUCAGUUAGAAACUUCAGAUAUUCCACCAUUCAAAGAUGAAGGUGCUGAAUCAACUCACUAUGCAGACCUCUGGCUUCUAAAUGACUUGAAAACAAACGAUCCCUACAGAUCUUUAUCUAAUUCAAGCACUGCUACGGGUACCACAGUUAUUGAAUGCAUUAAAUCUCCAGAGAGCUCUGAAUCCCAAACAUCCCAGUCAGAAUCAAGAGCCACCACUCCAUCCCUUCCUUCUGUUGACAAUGAGUUUAAACUGGCUUCACCAGAAAAGCUGGCUGGCUUGGCAUCUCCUUCAAGUGGCUACUCAAGCCAGUCUGAAACACCAACAUCUUCUUUCCCUACAGCUUUCUUUUCUGGUCCAUUGUCUCCUGGAGGUAGCAAAAGAAAACCGAAAGUCCCAGAAAGGAAAUCCUCACUACAGCAACCUUCUUUAAAAGAUGGAGCUCUAUCACUAAGUAAAGACCUUGAACUUCCAAUUAUACCUCCUACCCAUCUUGACCUAAGUGCUCUUCAUGUCUUUAAUAAACCAUUUCACCAUCGUAACCCAUUGCAUGUUUUUAGUCAUAAUAAGCAGAACACAGUAGAGGAAACACUGAGGUCGAAUCCUCCACCAUCCCUUGCAAUUACACCAACAGUCCUGAGAUCUGUUAACCUUAGGUCCAUCAGUAAGUCUGAAGAAAUUAAGCAAAAAGAAGGCAAUAAUAUGGAACACCCCUACUUAGAGCAAAGCACUCUCACAAUUGCUGCCCCAUCUCCAGGUAAGAUUAGACCACAUAUAGCUAAGAAAUCAAUAUCACGUCAGUACUCCACUGAAGAACCCAUAUUGUCCUUUUUAGACUCCUCUGCAGUUGAGAUGGGAUCAGAUAAACUACAGUUAGGAAAAAAACGUGCUUUUGAUGGAAAGAAUCAUUGUGAUCCAGAAAAAGUAACCUCAGCUGGUAGCAAUCUUGUAGAUUCAAGUGCCACAAAAGACCAAAUGCAUAUGGAGAGUGAGUCUAUUCCAGAAAACGCACCAAGUAAAAACUGUGACUUUCCCAAAGAAGGAUUCCAAAGGGUCUCUGCUGCCUGCUCAAAUAACUUGGAUGGUAAAAUGCUACAAUAUGGAGCUGGUCCAGAUGGAAUCCUUGCACAGGUCCUGAAGGCAUCCUCUGUAGAACAGGAGGACAUUGUACAUCCUGAGUCUGUGGAUGAGCUCGCAUCUCAAUCAAAUUCAACAACUAGAGCCACAGACAUAAGCAAUCAACUUAAGCAUCAACUUGGGAUGAGCCGCUACUAUGACAAAGUGCCUGGGAAUAUGAGCUAUGAAGCAGAGCUAUCAACUGUAAAUUCAUGCCCUGAAAAAUGUUCAGAGCAGGAAAAUAUUGCUUCAGGUAUUUCAGCCAAAAGUGCCUCUGAUAACAGCGGAGCAGAGGAGACCCAAGGAAGUAUGGAUGAGGUUUCAUUGAAAGAAUUGUCACCAAAUGAUGACUCCAUGAUUUCACCACUUAGUGAAGACUCUCAGACUGAAGGGGAAGGUGUGUUUGUAUCGCCAAACAAACCUCGAACAACUGAGGAUUUAUUUGCAGUCAUUCACAGGUCUAAAAGGAAAGUACUUGGAAGAAAAGAUUCUGGGGACAUGUCUGUUCGAAGCAAAUCAAGAGCUUCCCUUGGCAGCAGUAGCAGUAGCAGCACUGGUUCCGUCACUUCACCCAACAGCAAUGUGACCACCCCCAACAGCCAGAGGUCUCCUGGCCUUAUCUACCGAAAUGCUAAAAAGUCCAACACGUCCAAUGAAGAGUUUAAGCUGUUACUCCUCAAGAAAGGCAGUCGUUCGGAUUCCAGUUAUCGCAUGUCUGCUACUGAAAUUCUGAAGAGUCCCAUCCUGCCAAAACCUCCUGGAGAGCUCACAGCUGAGUCUCCCCAAAGCACCCAUGAGGUCCAUCAGGGGGCACUUGGGGCCGAGGCAUUGUCCCCACUCUCUCCAGUCUCCCCACGAGUUAAUGCAGAAGGGUUUGUUGCCUCAAAGAACUUUCCCACCUCAGCAUCAUCAAGGGUUGGACGUUCUCGGGUCCCUCCUGUGGCCAGCAGCAGCCGCUACAGUGUCCGCUGCAGGCUGUACAAUGCGCCCAUGCAAGCCAUCUCUGAGGGGGAGACGGAAAAUUCCGAUGGGAGCCCGCAUGACGACCGAUCCUCCCAGAGCUCAACAUAGGUGGCCUGUGUCAGGCUAGCUAUCAAAGGCCAAAACCCUUAGUCUGUGAGGAUGGGGGAACAGAACAAAAGGCUAGGGAGAAGUCAACAUGUCAUGGGGCACCAUCACUUAUGAAUUCCUAAAUAUUUGCUGGGGAAACAGAAGGUGGUUUGGUCUUUCUUGAUUAUUUUCUGUUUUAAGUAGCUGCACUGUCUUUCAUAUUUUUCUUUAGCUUAGUUUGAUUUACCCAAUUCCAUUCCUUUGGAUAACAUAGAAUUUUAAAAUGUCUGCUUUUCAUGAAACCUGUAAAAAAUUUUUCCCAGAGCUGCCUAUUCAGAAAAGAAAACCCUCACUGUCAUAAUUCUUAAAAGGAUGAAAUUACUCUGGAGGUUUGGUAUUUUUUUACAUUAAAAUGAACUAAAGUAAAAUUUAGAAGAAAGAACUACACACAUGUAAAUACCAUAUUUUUGAUAAAAAUGUGUAAAUAGAUUUAUCAAUGACGAGUGGACAUGUGGCCAAUUACCUACUGCACACCAACUGUUUAUAGAACACAACAGAUAAAGUGUAAUAACUGUAUUCUGUGAAUACCAUUUUCAUAUUAAUUACCAUAUUUAAAUGUCCACCAAUAUGAUUUCUGAGUGAUAAACCUCAUAUAUUAAUCUUAAACUGGUGAAAUAAAGGAAAUCUUGAGGUCAUAUAUUGAAAUGUGAUUAAUUUAAAAUAAGGAAUUCAGACCUAAUUAUUUUUGUGACAAAUUGCAGCACCAAGCAAGCUAAUAGUAAUAAUCACAUGGCUAUGAUUUGCCAUAUGGUAAUUUGGAUAGAAUGAAAAGCAUGCUUUUGAUUUUUUUUAAUCAAUGAGAAAAAUCAUCAUUCUCAAUACAAAGCCCUGAACAACAGCAUUUGACAGUGUCCUUUAAAAUUUAAUGUUUCAAUGAAUUGCUUUAAAGAGAAUGAGCAGGGAAAACUAGUUAAUUUUAGGUUAUGUUUUAUAUUAGGCUCCCGGAGACAUAAAAAGUCAUAAUCUAAUGACUAUAAUUUUAAAACUCCUUAAACAGUCUAGAAAUCAGCUCCAGGUUCUUUAACAAAAAUAAAACAUGAGCAUGCUACAGAGUUGUUGAUUUAUCAGAAAUACCUGCAAUGAGUUUUCAGUGAAGCUUCUCUCUUGUGCUGAUGAGAUUUGUGCUACCUAAAAAUUAACAGAAAUGACACUGUGAACAAUGUAGUUGGGAAAUAGAUAUGUGUAUAUGCAUUAUUUAUAUUCACUGUUAAGCUGGGAAUGGGGAACAGCUCUGGUUCACAAUGCUACAUACACCUGAGUUUUUGUCUGAUUUUACUAUAUCUGCUUGAUGGCAAAGGGGGAGGGGUGGUGGGUGGGAAAGGAAAUGUCAGAGCAAGUGUUCUGAUAAAAUGAAGGCAGGGAAACAAGCUGAAUUACUUGAAAUUACUUGAAUUUUCUUGUCUUAAAAUUGAAAAAAAAUGUAGUUACAAGUUGAAAUCUGCAAAUAGUUUUUACACCUCUGAUUUUAACAAGAACUGAUGUUAAUGUGUGAAAUGUCAGAAAUAUAAGUAGUUAUGUAUUUAGAAAAUGUUUUGAAUGGGAAAAGGUAGCAAGCAAGUGGAGAGAACUAAGGAGGGAUAUGGCCUAUAAAAGAAUAGAAUGCAAUUAGAAUGAUAGAACACAUCAGAGUUACCAAGAAAUUGAUAUGUGGCUGGCUUUAAGCUUAUGCAAGUAGUAUUUGGGAAAGUAGGAUGUGUGAAAAAGUGGGCGUGGUUUUGAUUUCAUUCAUGCAAUAUGAAGGGAGAAACCUGGUCUAAGCAGAUGCUGUAUUUAAAAAUAAAUACUUUCUAAGAUGUUACAGAUUGAGAAUUUGAGAAUCUGAUUGCUGUUGGGUUUUUCUGUUUGUCUGAAAAAAAAAAAGAACAAGUCUGGCUUCUACUAUUUGUUUUCACCUAUCAAAUUGUGUUCCUUAAUUUCUUGUCAUCCUUGUAUGUAAAAUGGGUACAGGGGUUGGUGGGGUAGAGGAGGGAGAAUGUGUGUGUUUGUGUGUGUGCAUGUGCACGUGCGUGCACACGCACGCUCUUGGGCUGGGAUAGAUAAGCUACCUGGUAAAGGGUACAUUUGAACAUUUAUGAAAUGUUACACUUUUUAUUAAAAGAAAUAUGUUUGCGGUUUGAAAAAAUAUGUACCAUCAUUCCUCAUUGGAACCCAUGACUUAGGAAAACCAACAUGGUUUGACACCACAUGGGAACAUGAACAUCUUUUUCUCAUGCUUUGAAAAGUACACUUGGCAAAAUUUAAAAACAAAAUAAAGUUUUUAGACAAAUGUGGUAAGAAACAGUCAUUUCCAGUCACAAUAGGCUAUCUUUUGUAAUUUUCAUAAAAGCAGUUCGUUUGCAGUAUGGCUUUGUGUAGUUAGGGGGGUUUAAAGUGUAAAGAAAGGUAUGUGAGCUUUAAAAGUGGUUCUAAAUCUUGAGUACAAAACAUAAAUUGGCUUUAAUAAAUGUCACCUUUUUAUUAUUGGCAUUAAUUUAAGUAAUGGUACCAUGUAUAUCUUAAAAUACAUAUUGACUUGAAUUGUGAGGCAAUAAGAUACCUUCUGUAUGUAACGAUUAUAGAACUAACCCUUAUAAUAUAGUUUUACUUAUUUUGUUUACUCUAAAAAUCUAUAGUAGAGUUUCUCUAUUUUAUAUUUCAUAGAUUUAAAGAAACCCAGAUAAAGAUGGAUUUUAAAUUUACUGUGGAAAAUACUAUUGAGUAACAAACUUAAGGGGAAAAAAAGCAAGGAAUUCCUUAGGAAUCUGGAAUAUUCUACAUGGCUUUAUUACGUAGUAUAUAAGACCAAAAUUUAGAGGCUGUCUUCAAUAUCACUGCCAUCUUGAAGCAGGGUACACACAUUAGGUAUUUCAAAAAAAAUCAAUCCCGCUCUUCUUCUGUUGUUUGCACUGAUGCUAAUUUUUUGUGCUUUUAUGUUUAUACAACAUGUCUAUGUUGUGUGGGUGAAAUUUUUUCCUUAACUUUUUGAUUUUUUUUUUUAUGUUUUGGCUAAGUAGAGGACAUGGAUUAGUUAUAGCAAACAAAACACACUGUUUGCUCUUGCCAAAGGUCAGUGAGUGAGUACAGUUGCUGCAGUGAUGGCUGAUUUAGAAAACUAGAUGGUGACAAAAAUUGAAAACUCUGAUGCGUCACUAUUUUGGUACUAGAACCAAUUCAUGCUGGCCGAAAAGACAAUGGUUUAUGGACUUGCAUCCAUUUUGUAUUUUUGUAAUAUUUGUAAAUAUGAACUUUUUAAAUUGUUGCAAAAAAAUUGUUUCUUUUGUAAGAUGUUUUCAACGUUUACAUUCAAUUCAAGCCUUUGUAUAUUUUAGAGCUGUGCAACACUUUAAGUCUUGUAUUUAUUUUUAGUAAAAAUGGUGACAGUUUCAUUGUGAACCCCUUUAAGAAAAUGUACCAGGAAAGUUUGAUUACCUAGAAAGUGUGUAUUGAAACUGCAAAUAAACGUGACUGCAAUUAAA